AUGCCGGCACCAAUUGCUGCUUCUGCCCAUGCAGCUCUAAUUGUGGCAAGAAAGGAAACAUGGCGUAGAAGGGCAAUUUGGAAUUGGGUGCAAGACUUUCGUGCUCUCACCGGAAUCCCCAUAAACAGUCACAUAAUAUCUCUCAUCGUAGGCAGCGAAGUGAAGGCUGAACAAGCCACUCAGAGUUUGUUGAAAUCUGGUUUCCAUGUAAUUGGUAUCAUACCCCCUGUAGUGCCGCACAACUCAUGCAGGCUACGAGUGACACUGAGCGCAACGCACACAAGGGACAACAUUGAGAGAAUCACUGUUGCACUAUCUCAUUGUGUGAAUUUCCAAGAAAUUCGCAUCCAUGGCUCAAAUGGUUGUGCAAGGCUUUAG